AUGAUCAGAGGUCAUACCCACAGAGCGUCAUCCUUCACUUCCAUCUCCCGUCCCCAUCUCCCCUCCAUUGACGAAAACGAGAUCGCUUUAACACCCUCACCUCCCAGCCCUUCUACUCCCCCAGCUCCUCUACGCAUCCCAAGGAAAUCUCCCCUUCGCGCUCUUCGCAACAAUGGAAUUCCGCCACCGGCAUAUAUCCCAUCGGCAAGAGCCUACCGGGCUCCGCCCCCGGCGCAUUACUCCCCGCCGAGCUACAGCUAUGGCUACCACGAGACAAAGGGCAAGUUCAUAGAGCCUGACAUGACGGACAGUGGCAGUCUUCGGGAGCGGAGGUUUUGCGGCGUGGAUAAGAGGAGGGGAUGUUGUUUGUUGGUCAUCUUCAUGAUCGGUGCAGCUAUUGUUGCGAUUGCUUUGGGCGUUGGGUUGUCAAUAGGGUUGGAUAAUGCAAGCAAGGAUAUACCGCAGGAAUCAUCAACUCCAGAGCCAACACCCAAGUUCCCAGCCGGCUCCUACGCCUUCAGAGCAGAUCUCCAAAACACAUCCGCAGAAUGUACUACGAACCCGUCAACAUGGCGCUGCUAUCCGUAUACGCAAGGUUCCUCGGCGACAUUCUUCUGGAUAAUUACACCCAACGACAACGACGACUCGUACAACAUUUCAUCCACUGCAAAUCCCUUUGCACCAUCCUUUGCAAACUUGACUCUCAAGCGCCUGGACGAGAACACAUCGCAAGAACGACUGCAGUUCUCCUUCUCAAUGACCAAGACGGUCGUUCCGGACGAUAUGAUCUCGUCGAGUAAUAUUGCCGCCAAAUGCAUGUUUGACGACACGCUCUUUGAAGCUACACUUUGGACGCAAGGGAAUGGUGGCAAUACUGAAGGGUCUGAUGGUGAAGAUUUUGCCGAAUGGCCAGGUGAUGUUGAGAUUGUCCAACGGAAGAUGUUCAGAGGUGGAUCGCCCCAGUGUGUGGACAGCCAGGGGAGUGUCGUGGGCGAUAUCAAAUCCAGUAACGGUACUUGUGAGUGCCGCUAUGCUAAUUGA